CGCCACGGAGACUACCAUACUUCAAUACAGUGGAGUUUGCUUCCGGUGAUAGCCGGAAGUGAAAUCUGGGGCGUCUGAGGGCGCAGCGCUGGGGACUUCCUUGUUGCUGUCACUACUUAGCGUUUCUCGGCUGUCCUCUCCUCGCUGACUGAUGCAUCCGCGGCGCCCCGAGGGCUUUGACGGCCUGGGCUACAGGGACGGCCGAGAGGAGCCGGGGGGCUUCGCGGCCAAGUCGGACCUCGGUCACUGGGUCAGGACCCCGCCUGACAUCCCUGGCAGUCGCAACCUCCACUGGGGGGAGAAGACCCCGCAGUUUGCGACAGGAACCCCAUUGGAGACGUCUGGGUUCAAUGAGGACUCUUACGCAGGAGGCGUUGGCGCCAGCUCCGAGCAGUUGAAUAGGUUUGCAGGCUUCGGGAUUGGCCUAGCAAGUUUGUUUACAGAGAAUGUGCUGGCUCAUCCUUGCAUUGUUCUGCGUCGACAGUGCCAGGUUAAUUAUCAUGCCAAGAAUUACCAUCUCACUCCAUUUACAAUCAUCAAUAUUAUGUAUAGCAUCAAUAAGGCCCAGGGGCCCAGAGCUCUUUGGAAAGGAAUGGGGAGCACGUUCAUUGUUCAAGGCAUAACCCUUGGAGCAGAAGGAAUCAUCAGUGAAUUUACACCCUUGCCAAGAGAGCUUUCAUAUAAGUGGAGCCCCAGGCAAAUAGGAGGACAUCUUAUGCUGAAAGGGCUGACUUGUGUGAUAGCAAUGCCUUUUUAUUCAGCAAGUUUGAUUGAAACUGUACAAAGUGAAAUCAUUCGGGAUAAUCCUGGAAUUUUGGAUUGUCUGAAAGAGGGCAUAGGCAGAGUAAUGGGCUUUGGAGUGCCCCAUAGCAAACGGCUGCUCCCUCUUCUUGCACUGACCUUUCCAACGGUUUUACAUGGAGUUCUUCAUUAUAUAAUCAGUUCCAUAGUACAAAAGUUAGUCCUUCUCCUUUUAAAGAAAGAGAAUUCCCCCAGCCUUCCAUCUGAAAACUCAAGUUCUGUGCAAAGCAUGUUGGAUGCUUAUUUUCCAGAACUGAUUGCUAGCUUUGCUGCCAGCCUUUGUGCUGAUGUCAUGCUUUACCCACUGGAGACAGUUUUGCAUCGCCUGCAUAUUCAAGGGACACGCACCAUCAUUGACAAUACGGACCUUGGGUAUGAAGUCCUCCCCAUCAAUUCUCAGUAUGAAGGAAUGAGAGACUGUGUCAAUACCAUAAAGCGUGAAGAAGGAAUACUGGGAUUUUACAAAGGGUUUGGAGCUGUAGUUGUACAGUAUACAUUACAUGUGGCUGUAUUGCAGUUCACUAAAAUUAUUUACUCCACACUGCUUCAGAAUGUUUCUUAAAAGCAAGUAGAUGUAGCCACUCCAAAGUCCACAUAUUCAGAAAAUAGGUAGGCAAGUAAAAUCUAAAAGAUUAGAAUCUACAGUAAUGGUUUUCUUCUUGCCACCUAGAAUUUUCCUUUGUAAAUAGACAUAUGUUCUCUCAUGUCCUUGACACAAUGCUUAAUCAGAGAGAAAAAUGAAACAUGAAAGUCGAUACAGGCCAGAGCUUUUAAAUACUGAAAUGUAAAUAAAGUAUAAAAUCUUUCGUAAAUCUG